AUGAGCUCCUAUAGUGCCAGCGGUCGUCGGCGUCCGAUUACACGGACUGAAGCCGAGGAGCGGGUUCUCGAUAAAAUGUCGCGUGAGGCCGAAGCUCGAAUGCGCAUGAAACGCGAAACUCGCGAGCAAGCCAGACAGGGUAGAUAUGCGAUGCUCGAGAAGAAAGUUGAGGAAGACGCUGAAGUAUAUCGACAUGACACUGCGUCAACUUCUAAUGGCGUGUUAGCUAACCAGGAUAAUGAGCAGUUGCAUGACAAGGUCAUCGAGCUGCAGGACCGUGUGCAACAAGCGAUGUUCUUGUAUUCGCAAUUAGAUAAUGAGAAAUCUACGCUUCUGUAUGAGGUUGAUUUGUUAAAAGAUGAGAUAGAGGAAAAAGAUGCUACUUUAAAUUUGGUGAAUCGUGAAUGCCGUGAGCUCACUAGUGAGGUCAAGGCUCUAAGACGGACCAUUGAAGCAAUGCAAGUUACUCAGCAACAGCUGAAAUAUGAAAUCUCUCAAAGAGAUCAACUAAUACAGGAAAACGGUCUUUGUCUGGUUGAAGAAGAACCGGAAGAUGAUGGCUCCGAGUCAACCAAUACCAAUUCUCUUGAUAUCCGCUCCGGCCCUUAUCUGUUCAAGCGUGAAACAAUUCGUCUAGUGGACCGUGUCGUACCAGGAUCAGCGUCUCUAGACGAAAAAAUUCAAAAGCUUAUUGACACGAAUAAGCGCAUGAGAAAAGAUUAUGAGGAGCUGGAGCAGACGAUUUAUACUCAACGGCAUGCUCGCAAUAAUCGUGAUCCGGUGAAUGUUGUGGCUAAUCAAAAUGCUGAAGACGUUAAUAAGGAAGUUACCAAGCAGCUGGCUGAGAUGAAGCUUAAAAUGCAAGAUCUUGAACGGGAGAAUACUAAUCAUCAAGGAAAUGUUAUACGCAUGGAAGGCCAAAUGAAAAGGUAUAAAGUCAACGCCGAGACCGCUGAAAAAGAGCUGGACGAGCUUAAAACGCAAAUGAGACAAAUUAAAAAGGAGCUUCGCGAUAAGGAAAAUGCGCUCGAUGAGCAAAAAGAGACGAAUAAACAUUUGCAAAGCCGACUUGAAAAAAUGCGGAUGCAAAGGACAGGAAGGCCUUUAUAA